CAUGCAUGAGAGCGGGCGCGCGCAUCGUGCUUGCGCGCAAGUCAAUCAUCCUUCGACUUUUGUGAACGUCAGAAAUGCCUCUCUUCAGUGUGCAACCAUCCGUCAGGCUUCCCCUUCAGUUUUAAUACGCCGUAGCAUCUCUCAGACAAGGUCGUGCACUUUUGCCUUUCCCUGUGAUAAACAACCAAAAAAGUGGCGUGGGUCAGCCGUGCAAGCAGUCAUUGUGUCCCAGCCUCCCCACGAGGACGGAGAGGAGAUGCGGACACCGCUUGAAAUCGUGCUCAUUCGUUUUUGACAGAUAGUAGGAUGGAUAGUUCGCACGUGUUCACUGUAGUGAGUGACUUAAGGCGCGCGAUUGAAAAUGACACUGCCAGAAUAUUUGGCCAGGUAAAUACGGGCACGAGACUAGCUCGCGCGAAAAUGAACUCAGCGGCCAGCGAGUAUCAUCAGUGAUUUCUUCAAAAUGACUGAAUUUAUCCAAAUGAAUUUAUGAACAGGACGACAGAUUGCAGACGAGCAUUAACAACACUCAAAACACGUCGUAAAAUAGCGCUUGUUGCCGAGCAGUAUGUUAAAAUCGGACCAUUUCAGUCGCGCUCUGAGGUCUCGUGAAGGGUUCAACGGUGACAAGACAGAGACGGAGGCGAGAUCGACAACGGAGGACUUGGGCUGCGAUUAAAACACUGGGACCUUCCGUCAUUUGACCGGGCAUCCUUCUCCAUAAAAUAAUCAUCACAGACUCGCAGAGCGUGCCUCUACCAGCACAGUGAGACGCAGAUUAAAGGUGAAGGGCUAGUACACAUCAGCGCUUACCCACUGCUGAGGUCCUCUUCUGGGCAGGAGGAACAGGAAAGCCCUGGACCCUCUGGUCCUGUUGGACCCUGUCAGGUCCUGUUUUCAAAGUGACCCUUGAAAAGAAAUAAAUUAACCUCCCCUCCCCUUUCUCAAACAUACAUACUAUAUACCUGGAUUUAUACUAAAAUAUUAUAUGAGAUAUUAUAAUAUUACAUGUCUCCCUUGUGUUAGACUGCUCAGAUGUGACCUUAAAUGGUCAUAACAAUCAAUACCUCAUAUGCUUUAUUGGAUGGAGAAAUCCAAACAUUCAUUUACAAAAAAAAAAAGAAAAAAAAAAAAAAAGCCAAACAAGAACAUGCAGAGACAAACCAGAGAGGUCACACACUCACCCGCUCACCACAGCUGUUCUCCCUCAGGGAAGAUUUGUGUGGUUCAGGCUCACUGCUCAAGAGUCUGUGAGCUGUGCAGUGUGGGACGCUGUCUGCCCCGUUGUCAUCAGACGUCAUGAGCUGGAGCUUCCUGACGCGUCUGCUGGAGGAGAUCCAGCACCACUCCACGUCGGUGGGGAAACUCUGGCUCACUACGCUAGUUGUCUUCCGCAUCGUGCUGACUGCGGUGGGCGGCGAGUCCAUAUACUACGAUGAGCAAAGCAAGUUUGUCUGCAACUCAGGCCAGCCGGGAUGUGAGAACGUCUGCUACGAUGCCUUCGCACCACUCUCGCACGUGCGAUUCUGGGUUUUCCAGAUCAUCCUGUCCGCCAUGCCCUCUCUGCUCUACAUGGGCUACGCUGCCAAUAAGAUCUCCCACAGCGAGGACUUGCGGGGCGGCACAGGGGCCGGUGCUCCAGCGGCAGGUGACUCGGCAGGGGGCGGAUACACCCAGCGCAGACCGAGAAAGAUGUACUUUGGGGCACGGCAGCAUCGACCAGGACACGAGGAUGGGGAAGAAGAACGUGAGGAUGACCCCAUGAUUUACGAAGUGCCUGAGAUAGACAACACUCGUCGGGAGUUGGUGCCCCCACGACCCAAACCCAAAGUGCGUCACGACGGGCGUCGUCGUAUCCGAGAUGAUGGCCUGAUGCGAGUGUAUGUGUUACAGCUUCUAACGCGCUCCGCACUGGAGGCUGGCUUUCUGGCGGGACAGUACCUGUUGUACGGUUUUCGUGUGGAACCAAUCUUUGUGUGCUCAGAUAAGCCCUGCCCGCACAAUGUGGACUGCUUCAUCUCACGCCCUACCGAAAAGACCAUCUUUCUCCGAAUCAUGUACGGCGUCAGCUGCCUUUGCCUGCUGUUAAACCUGUGGGAAAUGAUUCAUCUCGGAGUGGGAACCAUCAGCGAUGUACUGCGUAAGCGAAACGCUGCAUCCACUGAUGAUGAGUACCAGCUUGGCCUGCUUGCGGCGGGGGGCGUGUCUGUCGGAGUAGGCGGCCCCUCACUCAGCGAGGGGGAACCAGGAGGUGGAGUUGGGGGUGGUGCUCGAGAAGCGGACUAUGUUGGUUAUCCCUUUUCCUGGAACACCCCUUCUGCACCACCAGGGUAUAACAUCGUGGUGAAGCCCGAGACAAUGCCGUACACAGACCUGAGCAACGCCAAGAUGGCGUGCAAGCAGAACCGUGCCAACAUUGCACAGGAAGAGCAGCAGCAAUACGGCUCCAAUGAGGACAACUUCCCAUCUGCAGGUGAGGCGCGGCCGCCGCCCAUCAACAAAGAUGUGAUACAGUUAGAGGCGGCGAUUCAAGCCUAUACCUUGCAGCACAAUGCUAGCAAUAACCACGAUGAGCUCAACGACACCAAUGACAUCGACGAGAAGCCUCAGAGUAACAUCACCACAGUACCACAGAAGGAGCGAAAACAACGGUCCAAGCAUGGGAAAUCUGGGAGUGCUGGGAGCAGCAGCAGCAGCAAGUCAGGAGAAGGCAAACCAUCUGUCUGGAUCUGACAUUUACACGCAAACAUUUCAAAUUUGUGGGCACACUCUCAUCCAUUUCUACAUGUUUUCUAGACACAAAAUAUUGUGUGUAUCCCACAGAUUACAAAGACUGCGCAUUCGCAAUUGGAAAAUAUGCUGUAUAUAUAUUUUUAAAUGCUUUCAGUGCCUUAAAGAAACUCUGUGAAUAAGAUGGAUUUUUCUUCAUUUUUCUUGAUCUUCCUAAAAUAAUCUUGUGUUGUCAAGAUUAUGUUGAGCUCUAAGAACAUUCCCUCAUAAUCCUGAAAAAAACGUUCCGUUUUCAAAGUUUGGGACUAUUCAGUGAGUUACUCAGUGAGAGAAAGUCUUCCUUGUUGGAUCCCUUCGGAAUGGUGAUGACACUACAGUCCGAUUCCAAGCCAGCUGUCUUCCUCUUUCCAGUGUUAAACAAUAGCUUUUACAUAACAAUGCUAUAACAAUGCAAUGAUGCACCAAUGCAGUGGUGGUACACUGUGGUCUUGAAGACCCAACAAAACUGAAUGGUCCUGUGGAAUAAGCUGAUAAGCUGUAAUCUAUAUUUACAAACACAUUCAGUGCCAUUUUUGGUCACACUUAGAGCUAUGGGUGUUAAGAGGCAUCAGUGCGAUGACUUUCAGUUCUAGAAAUUCCCCCAGUUUCGAAAUAUCUGUAGUUUUUCUAGCCACAAAGACUUGGGAUAUUCAGUUGAUGGAUCCGCAUCCUACUCUGUACUUGUACUAUCCCCUAGUGGUGAAGGAAGCAGUUGCAGUCUAGUCUUAUCAGCCAUAUAAAUAUAUACAGGGUUCCCACAGUCCUGGAAAACCUGGAAAUAACAUGGAAUUUUAAAAGUGUGAUUUCCAGGCCUGAAAAAAAAAAAUAUAUAUAUAAAGGAAUAGAAAAUUAGAAGGGAAUUAAUAUAAGUGCUCAGUUUUCUUGGUUGUUUCUUUAGAUAGAAAUGACUCUUUUUGAGUUCAAUAGUCAUUAUAACAUUUUUUUUUUUUUUUAUCUGUGUGCAGUAAUUGAAUAGUGAAUGGAAACAGUUGGUCCUAAAGUGUGGGAUCCCUGUACAUUAAGGUGCAUAUGAACAUUUUUCAUUAAAGGAACACUCACUCUUUUUUUGAAAAUAGGCUCAUUUUCCAACUCCCCUGAGUUAAACAGUUGAAUUUUACCGUU